AUGACGGACUUCAGAACAAUCCAGAUGGAACAUUUUGGUAAGAUGGAUCAUUUUCGCUAUAAAAAAUAAAUAAAUGUCAGUUUCUCUUUCUAUUAUUCUAAGGUUGUUGCUAAUGGCUGCUUUCUCUGCUCAGAUCUGCCUUUGAAGAUCUCCUACCCACCAGACUUUUCUGAAUCACGUCACUAUGGCCUGCUUCUGGUAGUGUACGUAUCUCCUUCAGUGUCUGUGCACACUGGUGUUUUUAUUUAUUUAUUUAUUUCAUGUCUAUUAUGGUUGGUAUGGACCCCAUGGUGAGAGCCAGACUGUCUUUGUGAUGCCCAUAUUAGGACCGCCUCAAGCACUGUAUGCUUUUGUUGGUGUCAACACUGUUUCAUUCUGUCAUUUAUAUCUAUAAUUUCAGCGAUGGCUCCCCCGGUGGCCAGGCUGUGAGCGACCGAUUCAUUCUGGACUGGGACUCGGUUCUGGUCAGCUCGGAUAACGUCAUCGUGGCUCGUCUAGACGGCAGAGGGAGUGGCUUCUUGGGCCAGAGGGUUCUACAUGAGGUCCACCAGCGUUUGGGGACAGUAGAGGUGCAGGAUCAAAUCGCAGCUGUGGAGUAUGUUCUAGUUUGAUCCUUUGAUCCCAUCGAGUCUAAUUUAGUCAUUAGGCUUAGAAUACAUGCCAAUUUAACUAUCUGCUUACAUUUUCUAUUUAACUGAAUUUGGCAAACAACUUUAAAAACUGUAUUCAUAUUCCUGAAUUCAAUUCUAUGAUAUCAUGCUUUGUAACUUUGGCAUCUCCUCAAUAUUAUUUAUUUCAGAUACAUGUUGACAUUCCCGUACAUUGAUCGUACACGGAUAGGAGUAUUUGGGAGGGUAAGAUUCUAUUGACCGAUUCUCUCACAGAGGCUCCAGCUUGCUUGUCUCAAGUUGACUUUAAUGACUUUAGGAGACAAACAUACUCAACACAAACAAACUUUCCCUUUCUUUGGUGGCUGUGCCCCAGGAUUGAAAAGUUAACAGAUAAAACUGUCAUUUCUUUUUUGUGUACUUGUUUGUUUGAUAUUUUCCAGGGUUAUGGUGCCUAUAUGAUAUUAAUGAUGCUCAAAUCAACCGACAGCCUGUUCAAAUGUUCUGUAGCAAUGUCCCCAGUCACGGACUGGAGACUAUAUGGUGAGUAGAAGCUUGAUUGUAAAAUAUUGGUUGGUAUAAACCUUUAUGACCUUUUAUGAUGACUUUUAUGACAGUUUGAAUGACUGCUUUAAUAUGUUUAAUGUAAAGUGUUCUCAACAAGUUAGAUGCAAGGCUUUAAAGACAGUCAUCUAUUAUGAUUUCAUGUUCUUGUCACUUAUGUGUAUUAAGCAGCAAACAGUCUUCCUCAUGUUAUGAAAUAGGCAUCACAAUAUCUUGUGUGAUAUACCUGCAUAGCAUCAAUUGGGUCUAACAGGGCUUUUGGCAAUCCCAAUCUUUUGACUGGUUCCAGAAAUUACACUUCACAUGGAUAGAUAGAGGGGUAGCAAAGGAGAGGUGACUGAAGGGUUGACAUCUGAGUAGGGGAUUCUCCUCACAUGGGGCACCAUUUAUGUAGGUGAUGGUCUUAUUUGUAAGACAUCCCUCAAUAAGGAAUUAGGAUAUUGGUCCCAGUAUCAUAAGAUCUCACUGGCUACUUAUGCACUUUGAUGUCUUAAAGGGACAUUUCUAAAUUGUUUAACUUCAUAUUCAUCAUCUUGAUCACCACCCCAACAUCAACAUAUUUUGUAGUAAAAAAGAUAGAGGAAGAUAAGUGUUUCCAAUGACAUCAUCAACCAAUUAGUAAACAAUCAGUAGGCAAUUAGUAGGCAAUCCUACUCAUAAUUGGUUAAAAUCACAGGAUGCACACCGAUGAUGUCAUUGGAAACGGCUUAUCUUCCCCUAUCUUUUUUACUAUAAAACAUUGACACGCAAAAUGUUCACAUGUUGAUGUUCUGGUGGUGCUGGAGAUAUUAAGUUGUGGUAUGAAUAUGAAGUUGACAUUUUUUGUAAUUUCCCUAAAACAAUUAUUAUUAUAAUUAUCCAAUGUGAAAGCAUUUAGUUUGGAUGCACAAUGACAGAGAUCACUUUUUGUGUAGUGUCGGCAAAAGUAACACUUAGCUCACCUGAAGUACUGAAACACUGUCUGUACCUGCCACCUUCUUAGAGUGUAUCACUUUCUAUUUGAACAGCAUCAGCAUUUUCCGAGAGGUACCUUGGCAUGCCAUUACGGGACGACAGCAGAUAUCAGGUGCGUUUGUUUACCGCUACCCUGCUCUUGUUUGACGUCGAUCUUGUUUUGCUAUUUGAAAGCGCCAUGUCGUAGCAUCACUGACAUGCCUACAGUUAAGCCCCCACAGUUACAGAAUGUUGCUACCAUCAAAGUCAGAGGUACUGAGUUUUUUUCCCCUUUCCUUUUUAUGACGCUUCCAGAGCGCAGAUACUUUGUCACUCAUCUCCACGGUAACUGUGGCGUAUUGGCUCAUUAGAUCGCACUGCGUUCGUCUUUUGACGAGCUGCUGAAGGGGGUCGUCUGGCUUUCCCAGACUCCCCUGCGGUGUGGACCUGGUGCUGUGUUAAACAACUGGUUCAGUUACACUGAUAAGAAAGACAGAACUGACAGGACUGCUGGACAAAAUAAGUAAACUAACUUGGUAUACAAACCAAAGGCAAUGUUUACACAGGUGACAUCAAAGGUUAAAAUACAAUAUUAUUGAAAUGUGUAAUGGAGUGAUCCUUGAGACUGAUCAUUUUAUGCCUGAUAUCAAUUAAUUGAAUAACAUUGCCUGUCAGAUAAAUCAAGCUGUUUAUUCAUAUGACUGCAAUUUGUACAGCAAACUAACUGAAAUAAGCCAUUAUAUCAGGCACAACACAAAACUGUCUCCAACCAAUACAGAUUGUACACAUAACCCUCAAUCUGACUUACAUAAAACUCACAUCCGUUAGGGACAAGAUAAUGUAUCACAGUAUCCAUACCUUAGUAAUAAAGUACCGUAUGUACUAUUGAAAUAUACACUGAGUGUACAAAACAUUAAGAACACCUUCCUAAUAUCGAGUUGCACCCCCCGCUUUUGCCCUCAGAACAGCCUCAGUUCAUCGGGGCAUGGAGUCCAGUUUAAGUCUGGACUGACACCAGAACACUCAGGAACACUCAACACCUCUUGGAAAGCCAUUCUGGUGUGUCUUUGGCAUUAUACAUUUUUUUGUCAUUGUCCCGCUCUAUCCCAGGGUUUUCAAAAGAAUGAGGUAGGUUUUCCUCUAACUUCUUACCUGGGCUUUGCUCUUUGACCCAGUCCCUGUCGGUGACAAGCAUACCCAUAACAUGAUGCUGCCGACACAAUACUUGAAAAUUUCACUCUGUGUUAUGUUAUGUUGUAUUGGAUUUGACCCAAACCUGCUGUUUUUAAUUUAGGCCAAAAAGUUUAUUUCUUUGCUGUGUUGUCUUGCAGUAUUACUUAACAGGCUUGUUGCAAACAUAAUGGAUAAUUUGAAGUGGAUUUUUUAAACACAGGCUUUCUUCUUUUCACUUUGUAAUACAGGCCAAUGAUAUGGAGUGAAUGCACUGUAUUCUGUAUUAUGUUUGUAUGCUUGUCACCGGCAGGGACUGGGUAGUUUGUGAGGAUUAAAAUAAAAAUGAAAGGAGAAAAGCCCAGGUACAAAGUUAAAGAAAAACCUGCCGUAGUCUUUUGAAAACCCUGGGAAGUUUAAUUUUUCAGUGGAACAAUUACCCCCAUUUUAAUGCCAAAGACACACCAGAGUGGCUUUCUAAGAGGUGUCGAGUGUCCCUGAAUGGUCCAGUCUGUGUACAAAUCAUUAAGAACUGCUCUUUCCAUGACAUAGACUGACCAGGUGAAUCCAGGUGAAAGCUAAAAUCCCUUCUUGAUGUCACUUGUUAAAUCCACUUCAAUCAGUAUAGAUGAAUGGGAGAAAACAGGUUAAAUAAGGAUUUUGAAGCCUUGAGACAAUUGAGACAUGGAUUGUUUAUGUGUGUCAUUCAGAGGGUGAAUGGGCAAGACAAAAUAUUUAAGUACCUUUGAACGGGGUAUGGUAAUAGGUGCCAGGCGCACUGGUUUGAGUGUGUCAAGAACUGCAACGCUGCUGGGUUUUCACUCUCAACCGUUUCCCGUGUGUAUCAAGAAUGGUCCAAAGGUCAUCCAGCCAACUUGACACAACAGUGGAAGCAUUGGAGUCGACAUUGACCAGCAUCCCUGUGGAAUGCUUUUGACACCUUGCAGAGUCCAUGCCGUGACAAAUUGAGGCUGUUCUGAGGGCUAAAGGGGGGUGGAACUCAAUAUCAGGAAUGUGUUCUUAAUUUUUACAAAAACAAUGAAUAUAUGUUGCCCUUAGAGUUGUGCAAGUUUGGUAGAAUCUUAUUCAAAAUUAUUCACAACUGUAAUAGCUGCCAACGGUGCUUCUACCAAGUAUUAUCUCUGGGGUGUGAAGACACAAUCAAUACAUGUUCUUCUUUUUAUAUUUUUUACUUUGAAAACAGAAUCGAAUCGAAUCCCUUUUUAGAUGUAAUUUUAAGGCAGCAGAGUGUGACGACUGUGCAAGGGUUGUGUAGACUUUCCCUAGCCACUAGGAAUGCCUCUUGACCUUCCCUUUCUAACAAUAUGCCAGCAAACUCUAUCUAAUACUCUUAACACUUCUAUGGCUGGCUCUGUUGCAGUUCUCCAGUGUGUUACAGAAUGUCCAGCCACUGAGGGAACAGACUCUGAUGCUUGUCCACGGCACAGCAGACGGUGAGUGACUAACUAUGUGAAACCAAGAAAAAGACAUCAGCAAUGAACUGGGGUCAGUUAUGUAGCUGUUGUGUUGUUCUUUACUAUGUAGGACAAAUCUGCAUUGUGCUUCUUGCCAGAAGGCACUUAAAACAACAAUAAUCUAACAAUUACACAAACUGCCACAACUGAAGAACCUUUAACACAAAUGACAGUUUUUAUGAAAUAUAAGUUAUUGAAAGAAUCGGUCAAUUUCCAUUGUACAGAGAAUGGAUUUGCCACAAGAAAUCACAGUGUCACAAAUGUUUUAAGUUAGAUCAUGGUAUUUUCAUCUCCACCCUGUAAUGUUUUCUGUCAUAAUGUGAUCUUGCUGUGCUUCCCGUGACGAUUCAAGCAGAAUUCUGCUGACACAUUUUAUUCUGCCUUUUUCAGCCAAUGUCCACUUUCAGCAUACUGCUGAGCUCAUCAAGAACCUUGUGAAAGUUGGAGCAAACUACACAAUGCAGGUUUGGAUAAAGUCAUUGCCCACUAUACUAUAGGAUACAGGUUCUGUAAAGUGUGCCGGUACACUAGAUUAAUUAAGCCAUAAGCCUACCCAAGUGUACUAGCAGUAACAAAACUAUGUAGUACCCUACCCAUGCUAUGUAUGUACGGUAUGUUUCUGUAGUGUGUGUAGUACCAUAAACAUACAGUACCACCAGCUACUGCAUAUAGGGAAGGGCACUCAACUUCUACUGCACUGACUCAGAUGACUGAUGAUUGGCUAAAAUAAAUGGAUAAUAAGAUGAUCGUUGGAGCUGUAUUGUUUGUAUUCAGUGCAGCCUUUGAUGUUAUUGAUGAUAAUUUGUUAUUGAAAAAACUCACUUGUUAUGGCUUUACAUCACCUGCCAUUACAUAGCUGGAGAGUUACUUAUCCAAUAGAACCCAGAGAGUGUUCUUCAAUGGAAGCUUCUCGAACAUCAGAUAAGGACAGUGCGGUAUCCCUCAGGCCAGUUGCCUUGGGCUGUUACUCUUCCCUAUUUUUACCAAUUAUUUGAUGGCUAUGUAUGCUAAAAUGACUAUGUAUGCUGAUGAUUGCACAUUCUACACAUCAGCACCUACAGCCAGUGAACUCACUGAAACUCUUAGGAAGGUGUUGCAGUCAGUGUCAGAAUGAGUAAUUAACAAUACACUGGCCUGAAAUACAUCUAAAACCAAAAGCAUUGUAUUUGGUUCAAAGCAUUUUCUUAGACCUAAACCUCAACUGGAGUUGUGCAUAAAAGGUGUAACCAUUGAACAAGUUGAAGAAGCUGAACUCCUAGGAGUAACAUUGGAUGGUCAGUUAUCACGGUCAAGUCAUAUUGACAAAGUUGUUGUGAAGAUGGGGAGAGGUAUAUCUGUUCUAAAAAGAUGUUCUGCAUUUUUGACACAAAGAUCAACUGUACUAGUUGUUCAGGCGCUGGUCUUGUCCCAUCUUGAUUACUGCCCGGUAAUAUGGCCUGGUGCAGCCAAGAAAGACCUAGCAAAGCUGCAACUGGCUCAAAACAAAGCAGCACGCCUUGCCUUAACUGCACACCCAGAACUAACAUCAACAACAUGCAUGAUAGUCUUUCAUGGUUGAGGGUUGAGGUGAAAUUGACUACUUCUCUUCUAGUCUUUUUAAGAAACAUUUGUGUGUUGAAAAUGCCUAACCACUUGUAUAAUCUAUUUGCAUACACUUCAAACAGACAGGCAUACCCCACCAGACAUGCCACUAUGGGUUUCUUCACUGUACCCAAACCAAAAACAGAUUUAAUGCGCCGCUCAGUUAUCUAUAGAGCCAUGUCAUCAUGGAAUGCUCUGCCACCAGAGGUUCCUCAUGCAAAAAGCAAGUUUAACUUAAAAAACUAAGAGAUAAAAAACAUUUCGUAUCACAGCGCCUCUCCUCUUUCUAAAGAUCUAAUUUAACUGUACUGUAUAUAAGAAUAUGAAUAUGUACAGUAUAUAUGAAUAGUGUGUAAAUAGUUAUUUUGUUGUCUCUUGGUGUCUCUCCAAUAUGUAACUCUUAUUUUUAUUUUAUUUAGAAUUUAAUAUGUUGUUCUUAUCUAUAACUGUUCUGUACUUUGUCAUGUAUUGGUACGUUUUAUGUGGACCCCAGGAAGAGUAGCUGCUGCAUGUGCAGUAGCAAAUGGCAAUCCUAAUAAGCUACACUAAACUGUGAUGAGAAGAGAGUAAUUACACACAUCCAUAAAGUAGUAGUUUAAAGAAAUAUGAGUAUACUGUCUUUUCACUAAUGCCGCUGUGCACAUGUUGUGGUCAGGGUGUGCUCAUUGUUGUGUUCAUGUUUUACUCAUGUUGUGGUGUUCUAGAUCUAUCCAGAUGAGGGUCAUUUCCUGUCCCAGCGGAGUAGGCAGCACCUUUUCGCCUCGCUCACCAGCUUCUACAGGGAUUGUCUCAAGGAAGAGAUCCUACCGCUGCCCGAUGAUGAUGAGGAGGAGGAAGAGUAG